AUUUAAAAUAUAUAUAUAAGUAAAUAAAAAGAAAAAAAUAGUUGGUAUCUUUCUAUUUUCAUCGCGAAAGUUUUUCGUAUGUAAUUGUUUUUGUUCUAGUCAAACUCCCGGAUCUAAAGCUAUAACCUUCGACUACCUACGCUUGCGACGUGGGAACCCUUGCAGGAAGAAAGAAAAGAUUGUUAACAAGAAACAGUAAUGGCGGCUUAUCUGAUUCUCCUUCCUGCCAUUCUCACUUGUUUCUUCUUCUUCUCUCCCACAUUCCAAGAUCAGCAAAAUAACAACCACAAUCCCUUGAUCCGUGAAUUGCACGACGCCAAGCUCAGGAUCUCUCGUUUGGAAUCUAUUCUCGAGGAAAGAAUUCAAAGCAUUAAUGCUAAAACCCUUUAUCUGAAGGAACGCGAGAAGCUUCUUGACGACAUGGAAAACAAGAUCACUUUUCUGCAGUCUGCUCUAUCCAGUCUUAAGGAUAACUCAUUACUUGCUGAUGAAAGGCUUAAGGCUCUAGAAGAGGAGGUACGACUGCUUUGGGCUGUUUUGAGAAAGAACAAUUUUGAACUUCAUGUUUUAGAAUCGAAAGCACAGGACAGUGAGGAUAAACUGGAAGUUGUUACUUCACAAGUUGAGAAGAUGGCAGAAGUUGUUACAGAACAAUGGAUUCAAAUUCAACAUCUUGAGCAGGCACUUCAAAUUGCUGAGAUGAGGGCAUUGCAAGCUCAAUGGCAAAGGGAUAAGAGAUGCACAUUCUUGAAGUUCAUUAGUCACCUUUCUGGAAGACAUCUUCCAAAGAUGUUCAAGGCAUUGGAUUCUUAUUCCUUGGGAAAAGGAUCUGCCAUAAAAUACUACAUGUCUCAAGCUCUGCAACAAUUGAGAAGAUUUUACUCAGCAGCUAAAAAGUAUCACCAUGAGUUGCAAGGUUUCAUCAAACAAGAAAUGCGAAGAAAUGAAUUUACUGCAGCUUUUGUCAAUGAUGAGCUGGUAUUCUUUCUGGCUUCUGCUUUGAUUACCUUCCCUAUAUUGAGUGCUUGGAUGCUGCUGUUAUCACAGUUCAGCUAGGUCAAGAACUCUUCCAUUCAUAGGUAUUGGCUUACCCUGAAAUAGUUGAUAUCAUCGGAGAUGAUGCAGUUUAUGUUCUCUUCCCUCUUUUACAUUUUGGUUUUGCUUAUCAAAAGGUGAAAGAAGGGUUGGCACAUGCACGCCCUACUGCACCAGGUCAGUUGGUUUAUAAUCAUCAGUUCACAUCAGUGGUUGUCAAUGACUCGAUUUUACAUGGAAAUAUACCAGGGUCCUGAUGAAUAUAUUAAUAUCAAUGUCCUGGGUCCAGAUCAAUACAAUAUGAUAGUAGAUUGAUCCAAAUUUUGAUGUGUCAGGCUUAUACUAUUUGUAGCUAACGAAAAAUUCGAGUCCGACCAUUCAAUUGAUUUUGUGUUCAAAGAUAAAUACAAGACAAAUGCAUACCUUUACACCUUUGCACAUUGGAAGUGUUUCAAGCCCGUAACAGUUAUAAUCAGCCAUAUUUGAUUUUUGGUUUUACGCGCUUUCAUCACAAUUAUGACAAUUAGCGCAACUGCUGCAUGAAUAUUAGGCUUAGGACGGAAGACCAAAUUAUGACCCCCUGCAUAUUCAUCGCCCAUAUCUUUGGUUGUAGCUAUAAUCAUAAGGUCCGUACCAAAUGAUUCUCAUAAUUGUUAUGAUUAUUAUUUUACUUAUUUUUUUAAUCUCCUUAUAAUUGACAACUUGCCUAUCUAUUUCCAUGAAAAUCUGACGUUUAACCACUUUGGUUCUAUUGACUUCAAUCAAAGAAGGCGGUGACAUUCAUUAAUCAUGAUUAAUUCUUAAAUAAAAACAAAUCAGGAAAGUGGUAAGUGGGGAUUGCUGGUAAGAGUGAUAUCGGAUUGAAUUUGAUUUUA